AUGUUGGUCCACCUCUAAGCUUCGUUUGUUUGUGUUUUAUAAAAAUGUAGGAGGAUUUGUUUAUGUGCGUAAAAUUUAUUAAUUGCGAGUUAUCUAUCGCGCCCACCAAAAUUAUCUAGUGACUGUCGACAGCACUAGGCAUAAAAAUUUGUCAGUAGCCAUGAUAGUGUGAAUUACACUUAAAUUUAAGAAGUGGACUGAAGAAGAUCUUUGAAGACAUCGAUAUUGCAUCAGAAACCUGUUUAAAGCUGGCCCAUUGCACCAAUUGUGAAAUACGACUAAAAACAGUAUGGAGUCCUUCCUGAGCCUCUUCGAUCCGAAUCAGGACGAUGGCUUCGACGAGGAGCCGGAGCUCAACGGGAACAGCAGUGGUGCGGGAAGCAGUAUUAGCGAUUACGAGACAGAUGCCAAUGCCAAUGAGUGCCGUAUAAGCAUGGGAAAUAGACCUCCCGCGGAAAGUGGAGACUUGAUCUUUGACUUCGAGAGGGGAAUGCUGCCCCCUGAGCCUCAGCUCGGGAAUGUAGAGUACAAGCUAAAGCUGGUGAAUCCUUCGAAGCAGCGCUUCGAGCACCUGGUCACCCAGAUGAAAUGGCGGCUACGUGAGGGCAAUGGCGAGGCCAUUUACGAGAUCGGGGUCUCCGAUGCCGGUAUUCUGCAAGGCCUGAGCGACAAGGACAUGAAUGCAUCACUGUCAACCCUGAAACAGAUGGCUCAUCGCCUAGGCGCAAGCACCUCUGUGCUCCGAAGGAAGACAAUCGCAUCACGGAGGGCUGUGGCUGAGGUUUUGGUCAGGAAGAUCCCAGACGACCAGCACAAUAUCGAGGUGCGGGUGGCGGUGCUUGGAGGAGCCGAUGCUGGCAAGUCCACGCUUCUGGGCGUACUCACACAGGACCAAUUGGACAAUGGACACGGACGAGCGCGGCUUAACAUGUUCCGUCACAUGCAUGAGAUUCAGUCGGGUCGCACCUCCUGCAUCUCUCACGAGACUUUCGGCUUUGAUGCUCUUGGAAACGUGGUUAAUUACAAGUACAAUGAGAUGAUGACGGCCGAGGAGAUCAGCGACCGCUCCAGUAAGCUGGUGACCUUUAUGGAUCUGGCGGGUCAUCGACGCUACAUGCGAACCACUGUCCAGGCACUGAGCGGAUACUCACCUCACUACGCUAUGCUGGUGGUUUCAGCCGGAAGUGGCUGCAACGACACCACCGAGGAGCACUUGGCCAUUGUCCGGGCCCUAGACAUGCCCUUCUUCAUUCUAGUGACCAAAACUGAUAUUACAUCGCCGGAUGCUACGGUACAGGAACUGUGCAACCUGCUGACCACCAUCGGCUGCCGCAAGGUGCCCUUUGUGGUCACCAACACUGAUGAGGCCAUAUCGGCUGGGUCCAACCAGGUCUCCGAGAACAUUGUUCCCAUCUUCUGCGUGUCAAAUGUUACAGGCACGGGUCUCAAUCUAGUCACAAAGUUUCUAUACGUCCUCUCCCCGGGCAUCAGCAAUGCCGAGAAGGAUCGUCUCGAACAGGAGUCCUGUGAGUUCCAAGUAGAUGAGAUUUUCCGGGUCCCAGAUGUCGGACCUGUGGUGGGUGGCCUGCUGGUUCAGGGUGUGCUCAGCGAAAAUAUGCCAAUGAAAAUUGGUCCACUGCCGGAUGGAAGUUUCCACCCCGUGAAUGUGAACACCAUCCAUAGGAAUAAAGCGCCUUGUCGGGUGGUGCGAGCCGGUCAAAGCGCAUCGUUAUCCUUUACCCCUGACCAGGAUUUGCCUACACUCAGGAGUGGCAUGGUGCUGCUUGGAGAUAUUGGAAACGAUUUGGAUGAGCCUUAUGGAACAUAUUUCUUUCAGGCUAAAGUUUCUGUGUUGUUCCAUGCCACGGCCAUCUAUGUUGGUUUCCAGACUACGGUGCAUAUUGGCAGCAUAAGGCAGACGGCCGUUAUCCGAGGAAUCAUGGGAGGCGAACGGCUUGGCACAAAUGAUUGCGCUUCAGUGAUGUUCGAGUUCGUGGGCCACCCGGAAUACGUACGUCCGGGAAUGCGCAUCCUCUUCCGCGAGGGCACCAGCAAGGGGAUUGGUGUGGUCACCCAAGUUUUCCCAGUUAACAAAACCGGCACAAAGUAGAAAAGCUUUGAACUAGACACUAGCCAGCUGGAUAGUUCCAACGAUAUUACGAUAUAUCUCAAACAAAGAUGACAUGUACAUAUUACUUAAUUAGCGAUUAGAGACAGGCGUUAAAUCCUAGGCAGAUCUUCAGUACACUUAGUUUCGGGUUCUGUGAUUUUUCGUUUAAGCUCAGCUCACAAUCUAUAGUUGUGUGUAAUCCUCCUUUAUUUCUCAUAAUUAAAAAAUUACCCAAGUGUAAAAACUACUUAA